AUGACACAAACUUGUUUUAGAACUGGUCACAUAGCAAGAUUUUUUAAUUACACCAAUAUAGCUCUCAUUCCUAAAGUUCCCCUUGAUGAACUUGUUACCAAAUACAGUCCAAUAGGGUUCUGUAAUUUUGUUUAUAAAAUUCUUUCUAAAACUCUUGCCAACAGACUGAAACCUUUUAUGAAUAAUAUUAUAUCCCAACAGCAAAGUGCCUUCAUCCAAAAGAGGAGUAUUUCUAAUAAUAUUCUGCUGGCUAAUGAGGCUAUAUAUGAGGUUAACCAUCAUGAUAAAGUUGAUGGUAUAACUGCUACAAAGUUAGACAUGUUUAAAGCUUAUGAUAAGCUGGAGUGA